GUCAGGUUUUUGAAGCAGGUAUCUCUUGUCUGAAUUACCACUCGGUGCAAGGCACUAGUUUGGGGGACAUUGUAUCCAGGUUCUUGAGAUGGCAUGGCAUGUUUCAUUUUCUGGAUCUGAUUGCCCUGCCGCUCACAGGCAUUUGGAACCACUUCCUCCACCUGAACUUUUAGAGAACAAGAUUGCCAUUCAGGCAGCAGAGAUUGGGCAACUUGCUCUGGACAAACACAAACUGGCAGCUAGUCUUGUUGCCUUGAGGCAGGAGAUUGCU